GUUUGUUUGUGUUGAGGGGGGCGGAGGCGAGAGCAGAGUAUACGAUUCGUUGUUGCGCUGCAAAAGGGAACUGUGCGCUUAGUGCGCAGUAAGACUACGCAGGCGGCGCUAUCCACCAUCAUCGCAUUCCGCCACACACAAACACGACAACAAUCAGCAACGCACUCAUCCUUCCAGCCAACGAGGACUGCCAUCACCACCGACCCACCCAGACAAGACUCUCUCUUUGAAGCACAAAGCGGAGGAGCACACAGCGACAAACAGCCAUGGCAGAGGGCAUCCAUGAGGUCAAGUACGACGACGGUGACAUCUACAAGGGUCACUGGAACGGCGAUGGCAAGCGCGAUGGCCUUGGCGUGCUCAAGUUUGCAGAUGACACGACGUACAAGGGCGAGUUCUCCAACGGCAUGAACAGCGGCUACGGCGUGCUCACCUUUGCUGAUGGGUCCAAGUAUGAGGGCCAGUUCUCGGACGGCAAGUACCACGGCUACGGUGUGUUCUCGGGCAAGGACGGCAUGAAAUACGAGGGAGAGUUCAACGACGGCAAGGCCAACGGUGCGGGGAAGGUGACGUUCCCUGACGGCAGCCCCGGGCGCCCGCGACAGGAGGGCACGUUCCAGGACCGCAAGCUGGUGACCGGCGGCAAGCAGGCCGCAGCGGUGCGCCAGGCACAGGAUGCACAGCAGAUGGCGCAACAGAAGGCAAGCGAGGCAGCGGCACUCAAGUGAAGUGCGGCGGUGGCGACUGAUGGUGAUUGAUGAUGAUUGACUGUGACUGAUGGUGGUGAUGUGCAUGGAACAGGGGUUUCUUGGUUGGUUGGUUGGUUGGUUGGUGGAGGAAAGGUCUUUCUUUGACAGUGAUGAUGGUGAUGAUGAUCCUUGAUUUGCGGUCGUUGGUGGACCAUGUGAUGUGGGGGCGGCUGCUGUAGCGUUGGCCUCUCUGGACUUUGUCAUUCACAUUGCUAGUAGUGCGUGCGUGGGAGUGCUGUUGUUGCGGUCCUUGUUGUCUGUGAGGAGGUGUCAAGUAGGCACUGGUUGUGGGUGUCGUCGUCGUGUCCUGUUGUUGUUGUUGUUGUUGUUGUUGUUGAUGUUGUGUUUCUUUCUCCUCCACAGUCCAAUACAAUACACACUGCAAAGAAGCACA